GAUCAUGCCCAUGCUGCACAGGUUCCCCGAACUAAGAAGAUUUCACGCAAGAGCACAUUCCGUGGCAUUUGUGCUGAACGUAUUUGUGGUUGGCAUGCUGAUAUUGAUUCCUCUGUUGGUAGGUUUUCACUCCUUCGGGCUCUAUAUGAAUAUAUACAACUACUACGAGCGUCCGGUUGUCCAAUUUACGGGAAUUAUGGCCGCAAAACUUCAGACGGCAACCAAAGAAGUACUAUUCACAAACCAACCAAACUUUUUGGCGUUGCCGUAUCAGGACAAGCCGUGGCAUCCUUCAACUACAACGUAUUGGGAAUCUGAAGAAGAACAGACACUUACAGUAAAUAUCGGUCUACCCAUUGCACAAAACGAACCAAUUCAAACAAUAAUCCUGCUGCUGUUCUUUCACGUCGAACUGCAUAGAUUUGCAAGAGUUGAAACCCCGCUGAUCGCUGUGGUUGCCGAAAGUACGCACGGGGCCGCCAAAGGUGGCCUGCAUCUCAUAUCGGAUUUCGUCAUUGAUCAGAAUCGCAUUUUGCCCGGUGUCGUACAGUUGACGCCUUACACAAUCGACUACCCAGUAGAUAUGGGAAGCGAAUAUUUCGAGCGCACAAUACACUCCGUCUACGAUGUGAACAGAUCAGUACUCAUUCAUCUCAACCACAGGAUGGUAUAUUGGUCACCGCUGGAUACGACCAGGCCACAAUUCAUUGUAAAUGCAACCAUACAUUACGUCUAUUCGCAAUUCAGUGUGCGUCCGGGAUUCUGGUACGUCCUCAAAUUCACUUGGAUUCAGUACCUGACAAUUGCGCUCAUUUUCAUCUACUUUGGAGAGAAAAUACGCGCGUAUGUGUACAGUCGGCAGCUGGUCACAACGACAGUGACGUCCACGCUGCACAGAAAGCACAACGAAUGGUAGAUACGUACUUGUGUCAUAAUAUCCCCUUUUGGCAAGAGUGUUUAUCACUUUUUACCUACUACAACCAUGUUUGAUAAACCA